AUGGAGAGUAAUGUUCCAGUGAUAGCGAAAAAGGUUUGGAAUUUGGUUCGAGUUGCUUAUUUCCUUAUCCGUAAAGGGAUAUCGAAGAGCAAGGUGAAUAUGCUGGACCUCAAUCUGAUGAUGAAACGUGGCAAAAUCGCUGGUAAAGCCAUUAGCAAUCUCAUGUUUCAACACCACUACGCCCAGCACCACCAACAGAACGUUGCUCAUCAACUCCCCUUCGACGUUGCUCCUGAUGACUACGAAUUCAGCUGCAGCAAUACCCCCUCUUACCACUACUUUGGUAAACGACGCCGCAACAACCAAAACAACAACUCCUUUUUCGCCUGCGCUCACGCUCCUCAAACACUCGACGACGAUCUCCCUACCCUUAAUGCUCUUAAGGCCGUUGUCGAUAUCCUCAACAACAACAACAACAACAACAACAACAACCCGCCCUUUUCUCCGCCUAUUCCCGUCCGCCAGCUCAGGAUAACCGACUCCCCCUUCCCUCUACAGGACCCUAACGCCGAUCCAUUAGUCGACAAAGCCGCCGAUGAAUUCAUCUCCAGGUUUUACAAGGAGCUUAGCCUCCAAAAAACGCCCCACCAUAAUUGA